AUGCAUAAGCACAUUAACUCAAUUCGGAAAGUAAAGUAUGGCAUACCGGCACUACGCAGCGCUGGAAGAGUUGCAGCCACUCCAGUGGAAGGAGCUGAAAUGUUGAAAACUCAGUAUUCCAACGUUUUCGCAGCACUACAGGUUGACGGUCUACAGCUACCUCCCCGGUUGCAUCAUCUUCCAUAUCCCGCACUAACCUACGUAUCAUUUACUACUGAUAACGUCAAAGCAAAACUAAUGGCCUUGCGAAAAAAUGCAACCCCAGGUGCGGACAAGAUGCACCCGAAAUCCAUGAUCUUUUUGGUGAAUCGCAUGUCCGAAUCGCUCGCCAGUCUGUUCCAAUGA